AUGGCGAAUUCGGUCCCAAGAACGCCGAACCGCAAUAGCUUCAGCAUCCCCGGCACACCAUCAAGUUACAGCCCCAUCUCCGGCGACGCAUCAGUGCCGGAACAGCUGCAGCACCUCGCGACCCAGAUUGUUACCCAGACUGUCUCGAACCGCGCCCAGCUCAAGACUUUCGCCGAGCAGCUGAACCAGAUCGCCCAGAAGCAGGAUGAGGCGCUCGGCAUUGCGCGCGCUGAGGAGAGCAGGAGACAGAACCGUGUUCGCUCGAUUGCAGAGCAGCCGUUGCUCCCCGUCGUCCGACCUGGAACACAGAUCCCGAAUGGGCUUCCGACUGCGCUUGAGAAGAUGUCAAUGCAGGACCUGACCAGCUGGUACGCCUACUACACCAGCUCUCGCCCGGACUUGUCCCGAGGGCAACUGACGGCGGCUCUGUGUGCUGAGGUCGGCCUCUCUGCGCCGCCCUCAUACAUGCAGGCCGUUGCUGCUCCCUCGGCGUCUUCCUCCGUUAUCGUCCCGACGCCUACGCCCUCUGCCGCCCCGGCAAAAAAUUCUGUUGCGAAGAAGAAGAAAAAGGCCGUUGCCCCGCCGGCGCAGCGGACAGUCACUCUCUCGCCGACCGCGCUCAAGUUGAUUGGCAUCUUCGUCAUGAUUGGAGGUCUGCUGGCGCUUAGUGUGCGCUACUCGGACAACGGCAACGUGCAGCAGAUGCUUCAGCAGAUUCUCAACAUUCUGGGCCAGUACGUGCUCAAGUCGGGCCUGUUCGUGUACCAGUCUUCCCUAAGGCUGCUGGACAAGGCGGAGGACUACACGAGCGACUUGUGGCAGCAUGUGCCGAGUUGGGGCAGCAAUCAUGGGGGCGAGUUCAAGACACAGGUGAUCUAG